CUUCUCGACCUUUUCCAGGUUGGCAUGAACUUUUGUAACUCAGGGCACUUUGAGGGUCCACAGACUUUCACUUCGUAACAACCGAAUCGGAAGUAUUCUUCUCGGCGAAAAGGGCGUACAGUAGAAUACCUAUACCUACCGAGAUACACAAUGCCCACCGAAAGGCGCGAUACUAUUGCCCAUGCUCCAACUGGCAAUGGUCAGCCAGCUGUCAGUAGACGGCGAACCAAUGGAAGAGCUUGCAUAACUUGCCACCAACGCAAAGUCCGUUGUGAUAUCCUUGAAAAGGGCACACCCUGCUCUCACUGCCAGAUCCAAAACAAGCCCAAUUGCACAAUAUACGAGAAGAAAAAGAAAAGAUCAUCUCGCGCAUCUAAUUCUCGUCCCAGCCCCGUCCCCCUCCAGCCUCGUCAUUCUUCUCAACAGCCGCAGCCGCAGCCUCAGCGUCAUCACCACCACCAUCAGCGACAGCAACCGCAAUGCCUCACAGCUCCUGCAACACCCAGAGCAACGGCAGCCCUCUGGCCGGAAGUGGCCGUAGAUCCGAUUGCGCGGCCAAGUUCCAGCACUGGCCAUUAUCAACAUGACUCUCCCUCAACUAUGCAAGACUCUGCCGAGAACGAGGAAACCUACGAGACUCGCAAUCUAGCUGACUUUAUCGGUCAAGACCUACCAAAAGUCGGCGAGAUCUCACGUUCUGAACGCCUCUACUUUAUCGGCACCGAGUUCUCAAAUCUCAACCAUCUCGUGCGUCACAGAGCUCUACGAAGGGAUCAAAAGGACGUGUUGCACUUUGGGACGCGUAGACUUGCGAGAAAGGUUCCUUCAGUCCCUGAAGAAGCUCUAAAGUUACCUCCUAAAGCCUUGGCUGAUGAGCUUGUCACAGCGUAUUUCGCCCACGUCAAUCCAGGGUUUCCAAUUGUCGAUGAGGAUGAAUUUAUGACGAGCUACAAUGGCUCUGACGUUCCGAAACUGGUGUCCUUACCAUUGUUGAACGCCAUAUUCCUCGUCGGCGCCCAUGUACUCUCCUCGACCCGAGAAGACUGUAGGGCCAGCACAUAUACCUUCUUCCGUAGAGCCAAGAUGCUCUUUGACUACCGCUUCGAGCAGCACCGCGAGACGUACCUCCAAGUUGCUCUCCUAUUGACAUGGCAGUGUGACAACCUCGAAGAUAUCGUUGAUAACUCAUGGCACUGGAUCGGAAUUGGAGCCCGCACUGCCUUUGGAAUGGGCAUGCACCGGGACGCCCGUUCCAGUACCCUGAACACCAUAGACAAACGUCAAUGGGUCCGGCUCUGGUGGUGUCUAUUUCAGUUUGACGUCAUGGUUUCGGCUUCGUUUGGUCGACCGCAAGCAAUAAACCUAGAAGAGUCGGACACCCCGAUGCUCGACGAAAGUCAUUUUCAGGGCAUUCCUCAUGGCAACCCAACUUUCGCCAUCGAGCAUACAAAACUGUGCAUCAUCUUCUCCACGGCCAUGAGACGACGUGUAGCCUUACGAUCCACAGAAGCCGAUAGAGCAGCGGCAACCAAGGAAGCUGAUGAGGAACUUGCUAAGUUUAUAACCCAACUGCCGCAAAGUCUUCAAAUCUCGCAUUCCAACCCGGACACUUGGCAAGCAACUCUUCACCUCUCGUAUCAUAACUUUCUUAUCCUUCUCCACCGGCCUCCGCCUCAUCAAGAUCCGAGCCGGGUUUCACAUCACUCUGCCAUGGAUCACAGCAUCUGUGGCGAUGCUGUCGUAGCGAUAAACUCUAUCUUCGAAUCUCUCCGCGCAAAGAAUACGUUAUGCAAUCUAUGGUUGCCUUCCGUCCACGUUCUUUUCACCAGCCUGCUGCACAUUGCCAGUGAGCUCAACUCUCCCAAUCCUCUCAUUGCUGCAAAGUCAUCCCGCAUGUUUGACUCUCUUAUCCACACGCUCCGAGAUAUAUCACAGUAUUGGAUAUAUGCCAAGAGUCUUCUGCGGCUGUUUGAGGAACGGGCUAUGUGGAAAAAGAGACAGAGAGGGCAUGUACUAGGAUCAUCUGAAGAUCGGACCUUUCAACAAAGUCAAGAGUCUCCAACUACUCGUACGGGCGCUUCCGAGUUUUCGCUGCGCCCUGAUCCUCUUGGUGUCCCCAGUAUCAUGGGCGAUGCUCCAUCAACUCUUCAGCCAUCUUCUGCCCCAGUACCUGGACCAGCAUACGGCUUUAAUUUCGACUACGGUGUGCACCAGGGUCUUUCAUAUGGCGAGGGCUUUCCAAACGGCCUUGACAUAGCCGGGAAUGGGAGCGAGGCCAUGAAUCUGCUCCCUGUGCCUUCGGUAUUGGAGUUUCUACUGGCUGGCGUUGAUAAUCAGUAUGACUUCUGAUUGGACUGUUAUUAACCAAAUAAUUGUGCCUUUUGCUGCAAUACUAUGUAUGUAAGUCUUCAACGCAGCAGGCAGGGGCUGGAAACUGAGAUGUGCCCUGUCAUCCGUGACUUCGAAUAUGCCAACUACUACAACCCAUAUAAGACAUCUUAUAAAGCUAUUUAAAAU